AUGGACACGCCACGUCUUUUGCAGAUGAUGGACGUGCUGCGGCAGUCACGUGAGGCGCGCAACGUGCGCCCCGGCGCGGAGGCCGCGCUCAUCGCCGCCUACUGCCUGCUAGCGGCGCUGGGGCUGGCCGCCAACGGCGCCGUCGCCUUUGUGGUGGCGCGGCGCGCGGCCAUGCGCACGCCCCGGAACCUCUACAUCGCCAACCUCACCGCCUCGGACUUCUCGCUCUGCCUCGUCUGCAUGCCCUUCACUCUGGUCUCCAUACUCAGGCGGGAGUGGACGAUGGGCGCGCUGCUGUGCAAGCUGGUGCCGGCGCUGCAGGGCGCCAACAUCAUGGUCUCGGUGGGCACCAUCACGGUGAUCGCGCUGGACCGCUACUUCACCAUCGUGCGGCACUCCGCCGCCCACCCCACGGACAGCCGUCCGCGGGUCGUCCUCUCCAUCGUGCUCACCUGGCUGCUCGCCGUCGUCGCCAUCACGCCCAUCCUCUUCUUCCAGGUGGUGGAGCGCGUGACGCUGCCGCUGGUGGGCGGCCCCGGGCCGCAGCUGCAGCUGGUGCUGUACGAGGCGUGCAUCGAGCGCUGGCCGUCGCGGCGCCUGCAGCUGGCGUACGCGGCGGGGCUGCUGCUGCUGCAGGCCGUGCUGCCCGCCGUCGUGCUCGCCACGGUGCACGCGCGCAUCGCCCGCUACCUGCACGCGCACGCCAACACCGCCGCCGACUCCCGCCGCGCGCGCCGCGAGCUGCGCAGGAACCGCCGCACCACGCUGCUGCUCUCCGGCGUCGCCGUACUCUUCGUCGUCUCCUGGCUGCCGCAAGGGCUAUACCAGAUUGUAAUGGACCUGGGGUUUCCCGAGGCCACAACGGAAGCGCAGUACCUCGCUCUGGCGGCCUGCCACAUCACCGCCAUGACGUCAGCCGUCAGCAACCCUAUCGUCUACGGCUGGCUGAACUCCAACAUCCGACACGAGUUCAUGCAACUGCUCCCUUCGAGAUGCAAAAGGGUGCUGGCGCGGCCCACGUCUUGCGCCGAGACGGGUACGGGCCUGGGCGGCGGCGGCGGCUUGGAAGACGGCACGACCCGUACGCAGCUUGCCGCACCCACCGCCAACAGCAGCACCGUCGCGGCCGCCGCCAGCCAUCAGGGGGCGCUGCUGUCCCUCCAGCACCGCAACGGCGCAGCCAGUUUUCUACGGCCCACCGCCAAGGAGGCCUCAGUGACGGCACUCUAA